AUGGUUAGCAAAAAAAAGAGGACCGUCGGAUUUCUAGAAAAAAAAAACAAUUGGAGAGUCCCUGUAGCGGCACCCCAGGCGGAAGUUGCCCUUGGGCCUGCCCGGGCCUCUUCUCCUGCGCUGGACGUCAUUUGGGCUGUCUCGGGGGGCCUUUUGCCCGGGUCUUGUGCAGCGGUGGAGCUGCUCUUACGCGUCACCCUAAUCUCUAUCACGCCAGGUGCUGCGCAUCCUCAGGCUCCUCAGGCUCAGGUGGAGCGAGCAAAACUGGCAAAAACCAUUGAAAAGACUGCAGCUGGUAUAGCACCUGUCCUAGCUGCUUGCUCAGUUCUGAUUCUCCGCCUAGCAUUCACUGGAUAUGUUCUUACUAUAUUUGUUUCCCUUGCCAAAUUAGCAUUUGACCAUUGCUCAUGGAACCCUUCUCAGAUAUUUGAAGUUAUUGAACUGGAUGCCAGAGACCAAGAGAGCUUCAACAAUGUUAAGCAGUGGUUGAAUGAAAUCGAACGAUAUGCAAGGGAAAUUUGA